AAACCGGAGGCAUGGUUCCUUUGGAGAUCGACUAGUUUAGUUUAUUCCUUGUUGCUCCUUUGAGGAGCAUAGGGUCGCAACAGGUCGACGAGUGCUACGCACGUUACUCUUCGAUGUGGUGAAUAAAGCUUAUCUCCCAAAGAAACCUGUCUAAAUACAGAACGAAACUCCUUAGGGGGGUAGGGCAACUCGAUCGAGAACCACAUCAACGACGAUUCUUACACUCGACCGCCCUCUGCUGAGCUUAGACGAAAACUAGCCAGCAGACAUGUGUGGGAUUAGUUUUUUCUGCUGCCUUGCACAUGAGUGUGCUAUAAGGCAUGGAUGUCCUUUGGAAAAUAGGCAAAUUACAAAUAACUCAUUUCUGAAAAAUCGAGGGCCUGAUGUCGAUGGUCAUGUGUCAGAACAGCUGUGGAAGAAUGUGAAGGGAUUCUUUUCUGGCUAUGUUCUUCACCUGCGAGGCUGCCUAACCCAGCAGCCUGUAGUGAAUAUGCAAGGAGAUAUUAUGCUCUGGAAUGGAGAAAUAUUUGAUGGAUUGAAAGUGGAUGAUAAUCAGAAUGACACCCAAGUUUUAUUGGAUCAGUUGACAAGGUGCAACACAGAUGCUGAAAUGUGUGCAGUCAUCCAGGCUAUUCAAGGACCUUGGUCUCUUAUUUUUUGGCAGAAAAAACAGGAAAAACUAUGGUUUGGAAGAGAUGUCUUUGGAAGACGCAGUCUGCUGUGGCAUCUUCCGAAGGGAGAAGAUAUUUGCUUUUCACUGAGCUCUGUGACUGUCUCAGAUUUUGAAUUUGAGGAAGUACCUGCUGUUGGCCUGUUCUGCUUGAGUGUGGACCCAAAUGUUGCAGCCUGCCAUGAAAUUCUCCCCAUUGAACUAAACAUCUUCCCAUGGCAGAGAGCACUUUGGCCUGGUACUGCUUCAUCAGUAGCAGAUUCCUCCUCUCCACUAAAUAUCAGUUCUCACUUGACUGUUAAAAUCCAUAGUGAAGAAGCAGUUCCUUCUUGGAUGCCUGUUUUAAAUAAGCUGUACCCUGAUGAAGGAAGAGAUUUUGAUUAUCUAACCACUGCGACUAACACAGCAGGUCUUGAGAUAUUAAAGGAAAUAAGAUCUGUUAAUAAGGACAUGGUGAUCUUGGCUAAUAAGCUGCUAGAUAUCCUUGAAAAAGCUGUGAAAAAGAGAGUUUUCAAUUUGCCUAGGCCAAAUGGAGAAAUGUCAGCUCAGUGUAAAAUAAAUAUCAGUGAUGUUUAUCCCAUUACUUUUGAUUCAGAAAAUACGGCAAUAAAGGAACAAAAAGACAAGGCAUCAGGUUGCAUACAUUUUAGCUCUUGUUCACGUGAGUUGUCAGAAUCAGAAAAAAUGACAGUUCCACAGCCUGUUGUAGACGCUUCAUCAGCACAGUGUGAUAAUACUGACAUUUUAUAUCUCAGUGAUGGCCAGUCAUUAUCAGUUGAUCCAUUGCUGACUUCGAUCAGCAGUCUGAUUCAUGGGGAAGUGUCUAAUAUCUCCAAGAGUGAGUUGCAGCUUAAGGAACCUUUACCAGCCUAUGUUGCAGUUCUGUUUUCUGGAGGAGUUGACUCAGCUGUCUUAGCAGCAUUAGCUGACAGGUGUGUUCCUGCCAAUGAAUCUAUUGAUCUUAUCAAUGUAGCCUUUGAACAGAAUCCAGUGCUUCCAUCUAACAAGGUGGCAAAUUCACAAAAAAAUGAUGGACAAGGAUUUUUCAGUGUUCCAGAUCGACACACAGGUUAUCUUGCACUUUCAGAAUUGAACUCAUGUCGUCAAUGGAACUUUGUAGAAGUAAAUGUCACACAGGAGGAUCUCCAAAAGUGCAGGAGUGAUCGAAUCAGGCAUCUUUUGCAUCCUCACAACACUGUUUUGGAUGACAGCAUUGGCUGUGCAUUGUGGUUUGCUGCUCGAGGCACUGGGAUACUAGGCACAGGACCUAGCAAGGGCCAGUCAUAUACUAGCAAAGCAAAGGUCAUUCUUUGUGGAAUGGGAGCAGAUGAACAGCUUGCUGGUUAUUCACGUCAUCGAGUUUGCUUCAAUCGUAGCUCUUGGGCAGGCCUUAACAAUGAACUGGAAAUGGAAAUUAAUAGAAUAUCAACUCGUAAUCUUGGCAGAGAUGACAGAAUCAUUGCAGAUCAUGGAAAAGAAUCUCGAUUUCCAUACUUGGAUGAACAAGUUGUGGCUUUUUUGGCAGCAUUGCCAAUAUACCACAAGGUUGACUUGCGUCUGACUAGAGGUGUUGGGGAAAAAUUGCUGCUGCGCCUGGCAGCUUAUCAGCUGGAGCUCUUUUUAACUGCCAGCUUCCCGAAAAGAGCAAUUCAAUUUGGAUCUCGCAUUGCGAAGAUGGAACAGAAGAAGGAGAAAGGCAGCCAGAUCUGUCAGCGUCUCUUCAAUACAUGCGACUGAACCCUUGUGUUUUUAUUUUUACUGUUUCUAUACUAAUCCAUCCGUAGGAGAUAGUUCAUUGACAAUAAUCAGAAGUUGUUUUUACAAACUAGUUAAUCAGCUGCUAUCAUACAGUCUGUUGUAAUGACAUUAAUAAAGUUUGUAUAUAGCAAAGUAAUUUAUUGUUACUUAACUAUGAAAUAAAGCUGUUUGAUGCUGUUAAGAUAAAAUUACAGGAUACUGUGCCCAAUUCUAGUAGUUCUAAGUGUAAAGCAAGAUGAAGCCAGACUACCAUUCGAAAUACUUUUUAUACUUCAAGGUAUCCUUACAUACAGACUGGCUUAUUUUUUUUUAACUCACAGAGCAGAGCUACAGGCCCUGAACCUUGGACUAUAGUUAUGAAGCAGUAGUAUGAUGCAUAGUAGCUGCACAAGAGCAAAAUGAAAUUUGACCAGUGUCUUCAUGUUUCCUGUGUCAACUUCCAGCCCUUGCCACUUCUAUUCCUCUUCGUGCAUCAGGUUGCACAUAAGGCCUUAACCAGAAUCUGCCAUCGAUGUUGAUCGGCUGAAACCCGCUCCAAGUGACCCCAUGUCCAGCCCUUUCCUUUCAUCUCAUUUUCCCCUGUUCUUCUCCACCUUGCCACUUGCACCACUGAAAAAAGAACUGAUUACUGGUCCCCACAUUUAUCAACUAUGGAUCUUUGCUGUCUUUAGAGCAAAAUGCCAAGACCUGGGGUUGAGAGGGGUGGACCUUUGUACUCAACUUUGGGGGACUUGAAACUGCAGUCACACUGACAGCUUUAUGGCAUUUUGCAGCAAAAGGAUCUAACCACAGUUGACAUAGGCAGACAACAAAGAUUAUGGAGUGCCCCAAAUGAUUUGUCCUUACAAACAAAUCUCUCAACAUGCACACACUUUUGCAGUCUCCCUUACUCUUACACAAACAUUAUGAAACAAAGAUUGUGCCCAGUUUGAUGAUUUUGUAGAUUUUUGUCCACUCAUGUUCAGUUUACAGUUCAGCAGUACUGUUCUUACAUAUUUUGGUAAAAAAUGAGGAAGACAAUAAGAGAGAAUAUCAUAUCAAAGAGAAGAUGGUCAUUCAAAUGAUGCAACCUUGAAACUUUAUGCAAUCUAUGCUAUUGAUGUCAAACCACUUGUGAAGCUAACAAGGAAUGUGAACCAGCAUGUGGAACAUCCACACUUCAUACCAGUGUGACAAGAUGAAGGAACUCAUCCACGAGCUAGAAAGAUACUGGUGGGACAAUGUGGGACUGGCAGAAUUCAGAUGGCCAGGAUUUGGGGAGGCAGCAAACUGGUACAGUGGGGAAGAAACCAAACAGCAGCACGGCAUAUGCUUGCUUGAGCAUAGGGAAGUGGUUGGUACCACCAUCAACUGCAUUUCUUUCAGGCUAAUCUCCACUUGAAUCUUGUCAUAUUGUCACCACUGUCAUAUUGUCACCACAGACGUCUACGAAAACAGCAAAGCGGAAGAGUUUUAUUAUCAGAUGGAAAAAGUCAUGAAGGCAGAACUGAGGAAGGAUAUUGAAGUCAUACCUGGUGAGUGGGCAGAAAUGGUAGGUAAAUUUGUCAAAGAUAAAACCAGCAACAGGGGCUCACAAAGUCGCUAACUCACCUUAGCUAAUACCCUCCUUCCCCACAAGGAAUUGAGAAUGGCAACUUUGCACUCUCUAGAUGGUGUCAUUUAUAACCAAAUUGACUACAUCCUACUAUCAAAGUUUUUCAAAUCCAGCAUCAAUAAGUCCAAAAUAAGGUCAUAUCCUCACACCAACACCAAUGCUGUUCCUGGAUUAUUGGUAGGCUUGCUGGCUAAAUAUCAGUGUGGUGCAGCAAACCUUUCCUAGCCAACCAUGCUGUUGGAAAUUGAUACCCGACUCCACAGAGGGUUGGGAAGGAGAGAAGAUAGGCACCGCCCUCGCAAACACUUGACCCAUAGAUAUGUGGUCUGUAACACCAUUCCUUAAAUAUGAAAGGUUAGGAAACUACUUUUACUUUUAACCUUAAUUUUGUACUAGAAUCUGGCAGAGGAUGACAAGAAUGUGAUAAUGUUUGGGUCAUUAUUCUUUUAUUAUUUUGAAUGUGACCUACAAAUUCCUUUUUAUGUUUCACAUGAUAAACAUAAUUAUUUACAAUUCUUUGUAAGCAAUAUUUGUAUUACAAGUGAUAUACAGGUCUGGUCUUGACAUGUACUUCUGCCCAGUAUAAGAAGGGGGGAAAAAAAUCACUCAACAUGCACACACUUUGCAGUCUCCCUUGCUCUUACACACACAUUAUGUAACAAAGACUGUGCCCAGUUUGAUGAUUUUGUAGAUUUUUGUCCAUUUAUGUUCAGUUUACAGUUCAGCAGUACUGUUCUUACAUAUUUUGGUAAAAAAAAAAUUGUUUCCUAAGUACUUGACCAAAAAAAAGAAGGAUGUGUUUAUUUCAAAUACAUCUUCAAAAAUAUAACAAGAAAUGCCCAAUGUUUUAUAUGCAUUUUAGUCGGACUGUUAUCAUUCUGUAGCAUUUCAGCCUAGUAGUAUAUGUUGGAGACAACAAUUUCUUUAGAGGAAUUACAUGAAAUAGGCAUUACAAGUCUAAUGCAAAGACUACUUAUUAAAAAUUUCAUAAUUCUAUGUGCACAUGUAAUGAAUUAUAUUUGUCCCUUACACUCAUAAAAAAAUCACAUUCCCAGAACAGAACAUUCAUCAUAGAUAUCCUGAGUAUCUUUUGUGCCAUGCUAAAACACAUUUAUAUGAUCUAUUGUUCUCUGUUAGCACUGAAAAAGAUUCUGUAGAUAUUUUGCUAAAUUUGAACAGGAUGUUUCCAUUCCUCAAAAUGAAUGCUGGAUAGACUUAGGGUAGAUCCUUUCAUUCAUUUACUGCCUCAACUUGUAUUGGAUAGCUCUUACUAGUCAACAAGGGAGGAUAAUGAAUAGCUGAUGGAUCUUCAGAGGCUUUUUCUGAGUGUUGGAAAGCACAGUAUAAUCAGGCCACUACUCUGUGUUUGACAGUCAGUUCUUUCUCUUCCUUGGCUCACAAGGCCAAACUAGCUUGCUGCUUUUUAUUGUUGCUAGAAACGCCUGCCAGGAUGGUGAAAGUGGUCUGUACAUCUGGUAUGAAAUUUAGAGCAAUGUCAAGUUUCAGAUGCCUGGAUUUUUUUUUUUCCUGCUAUCAGCAAGCAGAGUAAACAUCUUCCAUCUUGUAGAGCAGGAUGUGAACUAUGAUGGACUUCUAUAGUAUCUGGUAGCAACCCUAAUGGUUUUGCUGUGCCAAAUCUUUUUGAACUUGGCAAUUGGUACUGUUGCUAAUGCAGAUUUUUGUUAUGCUGAUAAGUUUGGAUAUGGGUUUGAUGCAAUUUGAUCUUUUGCAAUUUCCUUUUUUCGUUCAGAUUUUCUACUUGUUACAUUGUUGAUUGUACAGCUGUUUAAGAAGUGUAUUAUGUUUUCAACUGAACAGCUAAGUGUCAUGUUGCUGGUUUUGUUUCUAUGAAAGAUUGUUCAUGUUAUGCAGUAAAUUUAUGAUUCUCACAUGAAAAA